CAUACACUUGCACCAAGAAUUGUGCUCAUGAAAGUAUGACUUUGACAUGAAUCAGUGUGCGAGUGACUCGCGACCACUCGUGUGUGACUGCUCGUAACGAUUAGUAUAGUGCAAGUUAUAUAAGAUUUGUUAAUUUUUUACAUUCUUAUAUAUAUAUAAUUGAAUAAUUUCAUAUAAUUGAAGUGUUCUAAUUUGGAACGAGGAAAGCAACAACGGUCAAUAAUUGUCAUCAUUGGACUAAACUAGCGUACGUCAUAUAGUAGACAGCUAUAUAUAAUUAGCAUAUCACCUUGACACGUAUAAUUUGAUCUUCGAUCUUUGUCCGACCUUUUACUUUUGAUACAUUCACACAACAACUAGCAAUUAUCGAUAUAUUCUACGGUUAUUUGCAAAGUAUAAUAUCGUGGUAAAAAUUCAAGGUAAAAAUGCGACGAGCAUUAAUCACUAACAACGAAGUGCAAACCGAGGUAAUAUCAGAAGGGCGUUGGAUAGAAGAAGAUCCGCUUCCGCAUUCCAGCAAGCAUGUAGUACUUGUCAUUCCUGGGAAUCCGGGUAUUCCGCGAUUUUACGAAGAAUUUGUGAAGACUCUCAACUCAAAAUUGACAUCGGAUAUACCUGUGUGGAUUAUCGGGCAUGCUGGACAUGUCCAGCCUCCAGAAAAUUUGGAAAUUGCUAUGCCUAGUGACAAAAAAUGGGCGGAGUAUUAUGGUCUAACGGCACAAAUUCGGCAUAAGGCAGAAUUCAUAAAGAAGUAUAUUCCAGAGGAUGCUCAACUACAUAUUAUUGGACAUUCCAUAGGUGCUUGGAUCGCACUCAAUUUACUGAAGGAUUCUGAUAUUAAUAAGAGGAUAAGAAAGUGUUAUCUGUUAUUUCCUACAAUAGAAUACAUGGCAGAAAGUCGCAAUGGGAUCUUCUUUACUAACUUUAUAACACGAUUUUCAACGUUCUUGAUCUUUCUCUCCUGGAUCUUUACAAUGCUGACCCCAUUAUUCUUACAAAUGUUAUUCAUACGUAUUUUUUGUACACUUCACGGGAUUCCAGAAAAACAUGCCAAGUUGAUUCAGGAACUGUUAAAUCCAAAAGUCCUGCGUAGGAUAAUAAAACUUGCCAACGAAGAGCUAAAAUGUGUUAGAGAAGCUGACCACGAAACUAUAUCGAAAUAUGCAAAUAACCUUUGGUUUUAUUAUGGUGCUAAGGAUGGAUGGGUCCCAGUGAAGUACUAUAGAGAUAUGAUAUCAAAGCAUCCUGAUUUAAAUGCUCAAUUGUGUAAGCGUGGCCUUCGCCAUUCCUUCGUACUAAACGACAGCGUGGACAUGGGGAAUAUCGUCGGUGAUGUCAUACAGGAAGAUUCAAGUUAAUGAUAUUAACGUAUAUGAGUUAAUAAUUUUGUAUUUUUUGUAACAAAUCUUUUUUAUGUUUUAUAUGUUUGGGGUACAAAAAUGUUUUAUGUAUACUUAAAAUUAAUGUUAAAUAAUAUUUUCAAUAAAAUUUAGCUAUGUCUUUACCUAAUUAAGGUUUUUUCAUUCAUUAAAGAAAUCUGUAAGUAAAAAGAGUGGAACUUCAAGUGUCUCACAUAUGUGAUUACUUAGAACUUGAGAGUAUAGAUAUUUUCAAUUAAUUUUCUUUAAUAACUUAAUUAACUCACGCUAAUUUUUUCAGUCACGCCAAUUUCCAUACGGUUGUCAGUCUUUAAUAGUAUCUUGAUGCAUAGUACUAUAUUUGAACUAAAGAUUGGAUGCACAUUGAAAUAUACCGCCGUUUGUGACAAAGAACACCUAUCUCUAACCUAUACGAUGUUCAAUUUUCAUUUUCUUUGUAACAAUUGUUACAUUUACAGAAAGUGUAUUCUUAUAGUUUUAGAGAAAUAUAUUUUCGUUAC